CACCGUGAACUGGACCGUGCCUUUCCUGAGCUGGUUGGCGAUCGCUGCCUUAUGUUCGGCCACAUUUCUCCUCUACCUCAUUCCUCUCAGAUACCUUGUGCUGGCGUGGGGUGUGAACAAGUUCACCAAGAAGCUGCGUGAUCCGUACAUGAUCGACAACAACGAGCUGCUGGACUUCCUGUCCAGAGUUCCCUCGGACGUUCAGGUGGUGAGUAACUCGCAGACUUUGGUCUGAGCGUCGACGUGAGCUCGACCUGUAAUUCAGACCAUGUUUUGCAGGAACGCAGCAUUAAAACACACAUGAAACACAAACACAAUCACAGCGGAUGCACACAAAUAUAUUUCUAUGAAGAAAUUAAAAGUUCUGCGCUGUGGACGCAAUCACACAGGUGUUUGAUAAAAAGUAACGAAAGCCGCAAAACAAAGA